AUGUUAGCCGAAAUUCGACAGUUCAGUGUCGAGAAUGCCUGUUCGAUUCCAGCAGUUUACCACAGUUUCGUGCUUGUCUUGGCGACCCUUGUUCACUUCUCCGUGGUAGCAGAUACCCUUGUGCGCAUCCCACUGCGCCGACAACCCAGACCUUCAAACACAGCACGGCCUUCGCUCGCGGAUCCAUCCCUGGUCCUGGACGAGGUUGAUCUGGCUGCUCGAGGGCACGUCCCCCUGACCAACUUCGUCGAGUUUCAAUUCUAUGGCGAUAUGACAGUUGGAACACCGCCGCAGCAACUUGUGGUGACGUUCGACACAGGCAGCAGCGAUCUGUGGGUGCCAGGCAGCGCGUGCGUCCAUUGUGCCGGCUCCCAUCGCUUUACUCUAUCCUCGUCGUCCACAUUUCGUCUGUCGUCGAAUCCCAACUUUACGAUCGCGUAUGGCAGUGGGCAAGCGCACGGUAUGAGCGGCAUCGACACAAUCGCGGUCUCUGGGUACAACGCGACGGGGGUGCCGCUGGGCGUAGUUGAAGAGGAGGAAGAUUCGCUGAGCAACAUGAAGCCUGACGGCGGGUUCAGCAUCCUCGGGUACGUCCUUCCGAUGCUUUGA